ACAGAAGGGUUCUCGCGCGGACGGGAAUGGGCAACGAUUAACAAAACAGAAGUGUACAGGCAGGCAGUUGAAGAUUUGAUUACUUAACUUAACAAGUAAUGAUGAGUGAUUCAAAUACUAUUAAUUAAUCUUCAAAAACUGUAUGUUUGUUGCAUAAGUUAUGGGCAUUUCUCGCAAAUGAAACCCGUGCCAUUGCCGCGGUUAAGGUUAUAUUAUUGUGAGUGACGUCACGGUUGUCGUGAAAAUCAUACGAUACUCUGUUCUGCGCGCUGAUUGGUCAAUCUGGUGGUGUGGUUCUCUUUCCAUUCCGCCACUUGCGGUUCAUCUAUCGUUACUUGCGUUCACUGUAACUGCGGCGCCUAGUUUCAUCAUCAUCAAAAGUUUAAAUGAAUGAGUUCGCAGUGAUUUGGUAAAAUAAUAAAUAUGAGCAGCUCAGUGAAGGGGUGGGAAAGCAUCCCACCGGGCGACACCAUCGCCAUGGACCUAGGCGAAAACGUGCUCAGAGGAGAUGAGCUGGAUAUCAACGAUAUCGCGGACAUGUAUCAACUAAACGAGGAAAAGUUGAUUAACAUAAUGGGAGAGGACUUUCUCAGCCAGUACAGCUGGGAGGACAAUGUCGUAAUGUCCCCCGACUCGACUACAUCGCCCGUGAUCACUGAGACGGCAACAUCGUCGUUCGAUAUCAAACAGGAAGAUACUAGUUUGCUACAGAAUGGACAACCACAGCAGUUUUACAACAAUUUGGUGUCACGCGAUCCUAUAAUAUCUGUUAGCAGUAAUGUCAAUGUCAAACAAGAACCAAUAUUACAUCAUCAGCAACCUACAAGUGCGAGUCCACCGAUUGUUCUUACCCAGCAAAAUGCUACCGCACCUACAAUUUUGCUCCAGAACACACGUGCCCCAACUGGCUACUCUUACAUCAAAACUGUUACUCCCGCUCCUGCCACGAUUCCACAGAAUAUUUUACCGGCAAAUAUGCGAGUACAAAAUCUGUUGACAACGGCAGCAAAAACUUCUUCAACGACGACUGUUCCUUUGAUGCAACAGGUGUUUGCCUUCCAAAGUGGAGAUAAGCCAGUCAUGCUUCAAGCUAAUCCAGCAAACACGCCAAAUAUUCAUACAAUUUUAACAACCGGAAUUCCGCUUGUGUUGGACUCCACAUCGGCGGUUUCGCCCGUAGUGGAAAAUGCGGCCAAGUUACAGAUUAAUCGUCUGCCUCUGUCCGGUCAACCGGCGCCGCAACCCAAGGUAAAGGAGGUCAAACGGUCAGCACAUAACGCUAUCGAGAGACGUUACCGAACUUCCAUCAACAGCUGUAUUGUGGAGCUGAAGAAUAUUGUCGUUGGCGUCGAUGCCAAAUUGAACAAAUCUGCCAUCCUGAGAAAAGCCAUUGACCACAUCAGACACUUGCAGAAGCAGAACAAUAACCUCAAGCAGGAAAACAUGUACCUGAAAAUGAAGAUGACCAACCGCAAAAACUCGCUCAAAGACCUGCUGGUUGGCAAUGUACACGACGAAAUGGUACAGAGUGGACCAAUUACGCCUCCAAGAAGCGAUGAAUCGUCCAAUCCGUCACUGUCGCCUUCGCACACUUCGGACUCGAACUCGAUGCCUCCAUCUCCGUACGGAUCACCUGAAGACUCCAUGAACGAGGAAGAAAUUGUUUCAAAUGUACGAGGCAUGACUGCUCACUCACGGCUGACGCUUUGCAUGUUUAUGCUGGCAGUGUUGGUUAUUAAUCCCUUUGGAAGCUUUAUUUCGACGAAAUUUGACGAUCAAGAUUCGCUUGAUCCCGUUACAAGUCGUCGGAUUUUGGCCGUUGAUGAAACGAUUUUUUCGUGGAGCAGCCUUUUGUCUUUGAUUUUCGUUUGCACGCUGAACGUUGCACUGGUGUCAUUUGCUUUGGUGAAGAUGCUCGUACAUGGAGAUCCGGUUCUAUCGCCUCGCUCGAAAUCAUUUACCGACUAUUGGAAACAUAAGAAACAGUCAGAUUUGGACUUUGAACGUGGAAACACGGCAGUGUCACUGCAAGAAGCUAAACGAUGUCUAGCAUCUUUUGGGUUGACUCUUCCCAGGAGUCGAUUUGAAACGGCGACCGCAACUUGUUGGCAAUUUGUGCGAAUGUUUCUUCACAGGAUCUACAUAGGUCGCUGGCUUUCACGUCGAACCGGGGGUCUGUUUAAACCAGCAGCACAACGAAUGGACGCGUUGAACUCGGCCAAGGAAUUGGCUUUACUGUUUCACCGUUUAAAUCAACUAUCGCUGGUUUCGGACCAACCCGAAGCGAACGGCCUCAUGAUGUCUUUGUAUGCUGUCAAUAUGGCAGAAACUGCGGCAUCGGUCAUUUCACCGGAGGACACUAUCGAAAUAUACAUUACGGCUGCAUUGCGCGUUAAAAAGAGCUACCCAAGAUUCAUGCAGUACUUUUGCCGUUACUAUUUGGCCAAAGCCAGGCAGGUGGCAAGUGGGUGCGAUCAGGCCUCCGGCAAGUUUAGCUGGGCGUUUACGUCGUAUGGAUUUAGAUUCCUCACGAACCAUGCGGUGCGAUUCGAAGAACAUUCGGAUUUUAUGUUCACAAUGCUAGCAAACCGAGCGGAUCCACUUGAAUACAUGAUGAGGGAUUACCGGGAAAAUUUGCUUCAAAAAUCUAUCCAGUGCCUGGUUGGAUCGGGACAAAUUAGUAGAAAACAUGCGAGUGCUGCCUUCUUGCAAAAAUCUCAACCAAGCUCAGGGGAAGAAAAGACCAUAACACCAAAAGACGAUCAAUCGGACAACGGAAAGCCGUCGACAUCGGCCAGCUAUCCGUAUUCGGGGUGCCAAAUCAGCAACGUGCUUCAUUUUACCGAACUGCUCAACAACUGCCUCAGCGUGGAACGUGCCCCAACAACUUUCGACAAGUGUGUGCUGGGUGAAAAUUGCUGCCAAGAUCGGCUUGCCCACUGGUGGUCCAGCUUGUUGAGCAUCGCUGCCCAUUGGCUGCUCGGUGAAGACUCCGAAGCUGAGAGAUUGUACCCACACAUUGAAAACAUACCCCCGGAAAUGUCCAAGAGUGAAGAUACUCUGCCAAAGGCACUGUUCGCAGCCUUUAAUGCCAAGAGAUCUCUUUUAAACAAACCACAUUAUGAUUCUGUGCAAGUUUUCAAAAGCUGUAAUCUUGGCAGCCAAUACCUGGAAGACAGCCUUACGACCAACAUUUGCAAAAGUCCAGUUAGGUUGAAUAUGCUCGCUCAACUGCUGACGUGCGAUUGGCUGCUGGAGGCUCGAACCUCUCUUUGGGAAUCAGACAACGAAAAAUUCCAAAGCCAGUGCGGAGAGUACGUGCCAGUUUCCGGUGUAGUUUUAGCAAAGUUCCAGAAGGAUCUUAACUCGCUGCGCAUUGUGACCAACCAAAUACCGAACGCCCAAUCCCGGGUCUUUCUGUACGAGGCCGUGUGUCGGUUGAUGGCCGGGGCCGCCCCGGGACCGACGCAGCAACUGCUGGGCCACAGUUUGCGCCAGCGGUACGCCCGAGCAUCGAUCAUCUGCAGUGGCAAGGAUCGAAGCUCGCAGCAGCUGGUUGGGGGCCGCGAAAGGGCAGCGGCACUGUACGUCGCCUGCAAGCACCUUCCGGCUCCGUGUUUGUCCGCACCCGGGGAACGGACCAGUAUGCUGCAGGAGGCGGCCAAAACGCUGGAGAAGAUUGGCGACAAGAAACGACUGCAGGAGUGCUACCAACUGAUGCGGUCACUGGGCAGUGGAACUGUGACAAACUAGAAUUUAAGGAGAGAGAUUGUUAAUUAGUUAUUUAUUACUGUUGUACUCGGUUGAAAACCAAUAAAAAUGUGCCUUAUUAAUUGCCUUGUC